AUGCUUCGCCCCAGAGGCCCUAAGGCCUCUGAAAGGCGAAGACAUUUGAGCGACAGCCUCAGCUGGCAACAAGACCAGGCUCUGAAUAGCAGCAUCUAUCUUCUGAGAGAGAUGGGACCCACCGGUUUCCUGCUGAGAGAGGAAGAGCCAGAAACCAAGAAUUUCCGAGUUUUUCUAGGAAAUCCUCAUGUUUGUGAUUGUUCCACAUUUCUGAAAGAACAGGAACUAUGUAAACAUAUAUGCUGGGUCUUGUUGAAAAAAUUCAAGCUCCCAAGGAACCAUGAAUUUGCUUUCCAGCUGGGUCUUCUGGAAGGAGAAAUAAAUGACUUGCUGCGAGGGAUACAUCAAGUCCCUACUCCCCUACAGAGAAGUGCCGUGACAGAAGAAGAGGAAGAUGGGUCCCUGGCUCAGAGGGACAUUGGCUCCGAGGAUAUCUGCUCCAUUUGUCAAGAGGUGCUUUUAGAGAAAAAGCUUCCUGUUACCUUCUGCAGAUUUGGCUGUGGCAAUAGUGUUCACAUAAAAUGCAUGAAGAUCUUAGCUAACUACCAAGAUGUGCCAUCCAAAAUUGCCAUGCUAAAAUGUCCUCUGUGCAGGAAAGAAUUUGCUCCACUAAAUGUUAUUUUGGAGGAAUUCCAAAACUCUAGCAAACUUGUGGCUGCAGCUGAGAAAGAACCACUAAGCAAACACCUUGGAAUUCCAUGCAAUAACUGCAAACAGUUUCCAAUUGAGGGGACAUGCUACAAGUGUAGUGAAUGUGUAGAAUAUCACCUGUGCCAGGAGUGCUUUGACGACUGCUCUCAUCUUUCUCACACAUUCACAUUUCGCGAGAAGAGAAACCAAGGAUGGAAAUUACUAGAAAAAACAUCACAGGAUGAUGUAAAAUGUCUAGAUGGUAAAAAUGAGGUAGAAGAAACAGUGCCACAAUUUCAAGAAAAGAAAAGCCAGGUUUACACACCUAAAGAUGUUGUGAAGUCACUGCCUCUCCAGUUAGUUACAAAAAAAAGUAAACUGCUUGCACCGGGGUACCAAUGUCGACUUUGUCUAAAAUCAUUUCUUCUUGGACAACAAACAAGGCUACUACCAUGUACUCAUAAGUUUCAUAGGAAAUGCAUCGACAAGUGGCUACUCUACAAGUGCAAUUCAUGCCCUAUUGAUGGACAAGUUAUAUAUAACCCUUUAAUCUGGAAAGGCAAUGCUGUGAUUGGUCAAGCACAUCCAUACUCUUCAAACUUAGAUAUCAUUCAUCUGCCAAAGCAAGAAUCACUAAAGCUUUUUAUUCCUGGCACUAGACUGGUCUUAAAACAAAGCAAAUAUGAAAUUUUACCUAGCAUACCUCAGUGUGAUUCCCCAAAAUUGAACACACCUCAGAAUCCAUCAGAUAUCUAUCAGAACAUAACAAUUGAUGAUCUAUGCUCUGUGAAAUUAGAUGACACAAAUUCAAGAAAAUUAAUCCAUGAACAUAAAGUUAACCAACAUUUCCCCAGCUACUUUCAAGAUUUACCCACUGGGUCAUUUGGGAAGACAGCAUAUCAAACAUUUCUUCCAUCCCUUACUCAAGAGAAUGUCAUAUGUCUCAAUGGAAUAAAAAUCCCAGCUAACAGCAAAACAUGUAUUACCAGUCAAAGUCAAAAGGUAGGCAAAGACUGUAAAUGCAUUAAUCAUAAGCCAAACAGGAUUCAUGGUAUCAAAACAAGAGAAGAAAACAGGAGAUCAAAUAUGUUACUUCCAGAGGAUCUACAUCUUACUCUCAAUGGGACUACAACUAAACUUAACUUGCCUAAAAGACAUAGUAAUGACAUGGAAAAACUUAGACAAAAAUGUAUUCCUCCACCAAGAUGA